GGUUCAUCUCCCUCAUCUCUCUCUCACGCCCAUCACUUCCACCGUCGAGCUUCCAUCCGCCGAGCUUCCGACCACCUGCGCCACCGUCCGGCGACCAUCGCCCGACCACACUUAGCGCCUGGCGAUCUGAUUUCCGACGUCGAGCUGCAGCACACCUCCAUCCGGCCUCCUCUGUUCACAGGCGCAACCAUUCGCGACCUUCCUCCGUCCCGACCAUCAACCGGCGACCUCACCCUCGAGUGUAUAUAUUCUCGGCGAAAAUGGCGACUCCAUAGCUGUAGCUUGGAUCAGUCGAAGAGAUUUGUAGGAGAUGAUUUUGGGUGGAGCUCUAAGCCUCAGGUGCCGUUCACGUCCUCACCCAAUUUUGAGGGAAGUGAAUGGCAAUCGCCUUUAAUCGAGUCGUUGGACGUAGAAUAUUUCACUCUAUUAGCGGGGGAAGCAGCACCAGUCACGAGAGAAGCAGAGGUAGCACUAGCAGCGGAUCCAGUCCUUGAUCGAGAUUCAAACCCAGUCGCAGUAACGGGUUUAGUCGACGGGUUGGUUUCCGAGGACAGCUUUGUAGCUUGGAGGUUUAUGACAAUAUAUCUCCGAUCUGCCAAUACCAAUGAGUUAUGGUUUAUGACAAUAUAUCUCCGAUCUGCCAAUACCAAUGACUGUGGAUGGUAUACUUACCCUUCUCUUGACAUUAUACAAUUACCUAUUCUCACAGCAUCCAUUGCAAGUGGAGCAAUUGUGGGCCAUCUGCUGGCAACAUCCAUUGCCAUACUCGGUGGAGCAUUUCUUGCCAAAUACAUUUCCGAAAAACUGGUCAUCAUGGUAUGUAAUGUUGUCGAACAUUGGGUGGUAUGCCGGGUGCGAUUAUUGGAGUGGGAGAUCGAGGUUUAUGACUCCUUCAUCCACGAGUCAAAAUCUGAUGUUGUGAGUAAGGCUUUGUCGAAGAAGAAGAAGAAGAGGAAGAAGUAG